GUGAAUGAACCAAAUCAUCCGUGUUUAUUAUCGAAAAGAAAAUCUGAAACCGAAUCAAUAAAAAAAAACUUUAUUUAUCAUUCAUUUGAAUUUUUUUUAAAAUUAUGAAUGAAAUGAACGAGUCUAAAUCUGAUGACGUUGAAUUAUUAUCUAAUGGUAAUAAUCGUCUUGAUUGCCGUUGUAAAGUUACUGGUUGUAAUUCAUUAAUAUUUCGUACUGAUACGGCACCAUUACAUCGCCAAGAGCAAAAAUUACCAUUAGGUGAUCAUGUGGAUACCAUAUCAACAUUCUGGCGUCUAGAUGAUGUAUUUAAAUUUGAAAAUGUAACAUUUACAAAAGAAACUGAAACAGAAAAUGGUAAAAUAAAAUAUUUAGCCUGUUGUGAUUGUGAAUAUGGUCCAAUAGGUUAUCAAGAUGUCAAGAAUCAAAUCUGUUAUGUGGCGAUAGAUCGUGUGAAAUAUUCACAACCUAAAAAUAAUGAUGAUCAUGAUAGCUAAUCAAUGAAAGUGAUUUUUAUAUUUUUUUUAUUAAUCUAAAAAAC